AUGUCAUACCAGAAGAUGGAAGUCGACGCGCACGCUGCGAUAAAGACGACCCAAGGCACGUUGCAGGAAGCUGUACUUGUAGUUUCACUUGUCCGCACCUUGACGAGCUCAUUCGGCUCUGCUGUCGAUUUGUACCGAAAGUUGAAACGCAGGGGACAUGAUGAAGAAGAUGAUACGAAAGAUCACUAUCGCACUCAAUCCCGAAGACGUCGCGAUUCGGCCUUAGACCAUGCAUGGGAUCGCCAUCACCACCCGAAUUUGAAGGUCGGCUCAAGAAAGGAUCAUUAUGGUGAUAGCGAUGAAAAGGACCUUACCACGUCGUCGUUUUACAUCCAAGCCGAGUACGAUCGCGGAUAUCGUGAACUGGGAGAGAAGUUCGCGCGAGGCGACUUGAUGACGCAAGUUCAACUCCAAUCACAGAUCAUACAACUCGAACAGACUCUACUCAGCAUCUACUCAGACCUAAUGCUGAGCACUUACAUAUUGCCCUCACAUACGCACCUGGCCCGUCUCGUUCAAACAACACGCUCUGCACGUGUAGCUGCGAUCCAAGCACUGAAGAUGCAAUACCAGCGCAUACAUGUACAUGUUCAGCCAGAAAAGCCAGAAGUACACCGACCUAUGCCAGGUGCUUUCCCGUUACCAACGCACGCUCCUCGACCUCACGAGCCCUCUACAAAUACUGGUAAUAGGAAGCCGAAAAGGAAAGCUAGAAGCCGGAGCUCCGACUCAUCAGGUUCUGCGCAGACAUUGAUCCCACGAUCAAAGCCCAAGCCCCAUCCGCACGCGAACAAACUGUUUUGCGUUUAUGCCAGAGACCUUCAGGGCGACCUACAACUUCCCCUGGUGGACAACUACAAGACUGGUGGCAACAACAAAUGCCCAUUCUGCCACGCACAUGCUUCUAUACGACCCGGAAAAGCCUGGGAGGUUGUUAUGAACGACAGAAAGAAGCACGAUAAACACGGACGUGGUGCGCUACGGAAAUUCAUGGUCGGCACUCGCUUUGUGAUCAAAUGCCAUAGAGAAUGGGGCGGUUUUGCAUGCGUACUGUGCGCACAGUUCAAGGAAGCGGAUACGGUAUGCCGAGGCGUCGAAGCGCUGGUGGAACAUUUGUGGAGAGAGCAUACGGGUGAGGAAUUGGCGAAGGAAGAGGAUAUUGCAGAAGUUGACUGA